AUGGAUGUUUCGAUCUCUUUUGACCGGGAAAGUUUUCGGAAGGGAGGGGAGGAGGAUGCCCGGCCGAGAAGCCCCAAGCAACUAAUCAGAGCACCUCCAUGGCGGAGGAACCUCGUCGACUGGUCCGCGGCGGACUUUGCCCUGCUGAGCACCGGCCAGGCCUUGGCGGAGGUUGGCUGCCUACGUGAGGAUCUCUGUGUGGCAAUGGCUCCUCGAGUCGUGGGCACGAUGUCGUCCUGUGCCGUCAACGACUUGGUCCUCCUCUUGGAUGCCUACGCCCGGACUCGGUGUCACGUGCCCUCUGCUGUGGAUGCCAUCUUGCAGCAGACGGCUCUCCGCUUGGAGGAGUUCAGCGCGUCGCAGCUUUGCCUGCAUGUGUCUUCGAUGGCCAGGCUCAACAUCUGCAACGAGCGACUUCUCAUCAGCAUUGCGGACAAGUUUGCUCAGGUAGAGCUGCCUGAGGAUGAUGCAGUGCUGCAGCUGAGGCCACCCUUCACGGCAAGGGACAUAACGAUGGCGGCGUACUCCUUCGCCACGCUUGGCCUCCACGACCACUGCGUCUGGGAGACCAUUCCAAGGGUUGCGGCCCCGGUCAUUCGGAACUUCACUGCGAAGGAGCUCCAGACACUGACCGUUGCGCUGGCUCGCGCACAGCGCGCCGAUGAGGAGCUGCUCGACGGCAUCUCCGCUCAGGCGCAGCGGCGCAUCGCGGAGUUUGGCGCCGAGCCCCUGGCACUGCUCCUCCGAGGUUUCGCCUUCUUGGGUCGCGCCAACGACCGGAUCUUCACACGGGCCCUGGCUCAGCUACCCCGUGCGCUCCUUCCUGCGCGGCCCGCGGACCUCGUCACUGUGCUCGGAGCCUUCGUGGCUGCUGAGGUCCGCAGCGCUUUUCUCUUCGACCUGAUCACGCCGAUGAUCCUGGAGAAGGCUCCCAUGUUCACGGCCUUUGACUGGCUCUGUGCCUUGCGCAGCUACGCUGCAGCUGGCCAGGCCGAUCAGAUGUUCUUGUCCGCCUUCGCACUGCACUGCAAGGAGUGUGCCGAGAGCUUGCGAGACCUUGAGAUUAGCUGCAUUCAAUCGAACCAGCGCAGGCUCUGGGAGCGCGCAGCCCGGCAGGAGGUAUCGCUCGACUUCAUUGUCCUCAUUCUGUCAGUGAUCUCCUUCGCAGCCGCAAUCCUGUCAUACUGGCGGGAAGCCCUGUCGGCUUCACGCCCGUUGCCCUUCAGCCCCGAGGACAGAGAGGAUGCAUCACCGGUGUCGCUGGAUGCAUCCCCGCUAUCUGUCAAGUCUGCGCUGUCAGAAAAGGUGGCUGAUACCCAGCACGAAAGCAUCCACCAGGCGCAAGAGGUCAGAGAAGAGUUACCAGAGCCAGAACCCGAAGGCUGCGACGAAGACUCGCACAAGAGCAUAGAGGUCUGCCUGGAGCGGCUUCCAGGGGAAGCCUGGGGCUUUGCUUGGCACAGGAAGGCCUUCUCUGACCAGAGGCUCAUCAUCGUGGCCAUCGAUGGAGACUCGCCUGCCGGCCGCUGGCAGCAGGAGCGCAAGCAUCGAGGCCUCCCGACCCUGGAGCGGGGUGACGAGCUGGUCUGCGCAAAUGAGCUGGCUCAGCACAGCAGCAUGCAGAUUUCUCUGGUGGUUGCCAACAAGCUUCGAUUGAAGUUCCUGCGCCCGGAGGGCAUAGCUGCAGCCGAUCUCGCCGCAGGCAUUGAGUCCAAAAUGGAGAUCGAUGCAAGCAAAGCCUGCAAAGAGGAAGUGCUCAAAGACACGCCCGUUCCACCCCUCUUACAAACGGAUGCCUUUGCAGAGAGCGACAUGAACGACCUGGAGGAGACCGGGGAGCCGAAUCUGUGGAGCUACGACGGAGUUCCGCGCAACUUUUGGAGUUACCAGCGCCUGCCACUCCGGUCCGUCCCAGGCACCGAGCAGGCCCUGGACCCAGCUCGGGAUCCAGCCAGCGAAGAGGAGCUCGUGCAAAGUGCCCGGUUGCGCUCGCACUCGGAUUCCCCGGCAGCACCAGUUCGACGAGGAGGCAGCCCCUCACCUCAGGCGAAGCGGCGGUGUGUGCAGGCCUUGGAUGUAAAUCCUCCAAGCAGUCCGACGGCACCUCGGAGCCCAGCCUCAAGGCAAAGCCGGCAAAGCCCCCAGAGUGCGGUGGAAGGCUUCAUCCGGGGCCCUAGCACCGACGCAGAGAAAGAGAGCCAGCUGCUGUCUUCGGGCUCUGGCUCUGAGGCGCGGAGCGACCAGUGCCCCUCCACAGAUUGGGAGUACAUGAUGGACAACCGGGCUCACCAGUGCCAGCCUCUGGAUCCCGCUCAUGGCUCCGGUGUUAUGAUGCUGGCCCUCCAGCCCUUGCUUGAUACCUCGGCUCCACCGCCCCUGACCUCAGAGGUGCCGGGUAUGCCGGCAAGUUCAGGACUGCCAGGUGCAGGGCUCAUGGUGCCUAUGCAGAUGAACCAUGGAUUUGCUGCACCGCGCAUGGUCGCCCCAGCACAGACGGCACAGGUCCUGGGCUGGGCACCGGCGUGGCAUGCGGGCGCCCCACCGCUGCCUGAAGCCUGCCAUCCGUGCUCAACUUCAAACUGCGUCCAGUCCACGCCUGUGGAUGAGAGCGCCAUGAAUCCCGCUGCGCGGACAGGAAAGAAGACCUACCGAGCGGGCCAGCGCCUGACUGCUCGGCGCUUGCGCGCCGCGCAGCGCGCGGCGGAGCUUAGUCAGACGUUGCCUUUGGGGCCUGCGCCUGCUGCCUCGCCACGCUCGGAGCCUUCAUCGGAGGACUUGCCAGGUGAUGGGCCGGAGCCCUCGGCCUUAGAGGCCCACAGGAAGCCCCGGCGACGUGCCGGUGUACGAGUGAGGCGGCGGCGCGAACAUGCCAUCGCCCGGCGGCGAGAGCAAGAGGAGCAGGGGGAUGCUCCGCAGCCUCAGCCUGUCGGAGCUGUGCCUCCUGGACCUCUUCCUCGUCAGGAGGAAGAUGGCCUUGACAGUCCGGCCGAAAUGGAUGUACAAAGUUUCAACCUAGGCUCUUCUGCUUCCCUGCACACAUCAAUGGCGAAGCCGUUGCACAGUCAAGCUGGCGCUAGUCACCCAGGUCACCCAGUCGCAGCAGGCGGGCAGUCUCCGAUGCUUCCGCCACUUCGCGAACCCGAGUGCGACGUCAUCGGUCGUGAAGUGUUGAUCAAUGGUUUGGUCCAUACGCCGCAUCUCAACGGGCACUGGGGCCGCGUCGCAGACUUCGAUCCUGCGCAGAACCGCUACCUGGUUCACGCCUUCGUGACCGGCUCCUCACCGCUUUCUCUCAGGCUCAGGCGUGAUGCGUUCGUGGUGCCGAAGACCAGCCCACCCAGUCCCGAUGAAAUCAUCGAGGGAGUGUGGCAGCCGUCGCUCCGUAUGUAG